AUGUUAGGUUCUUAUCGAUUAUUAAUACUCAUCAAACUAAUUCUGUUUGAGUUACUCGGGCUAAUGUGUAUUGAAGAUGAUUCAUUUCGUCGUUAUCGUCGACAACGUUCUCCGAGUGACAGUAAUAAUCCAUCCGGUACUCCAUUUGUCAUUGUUGUCUCUGUAUCAGUUCAAGAUUAUUUUGCUGUUCUUAAUUGUUCUACACCAGAACGUGUACCUCAUCUUAAACUUGAUUGGUAUUUUCAAACACGUGCUUCAUUAAGACCACCACGCGUUAUUUGGCAACGUGGCCAUUCAAAUAUACAUCGUUAUUCAGCUUAUUCACCUGAUCAAAAGCAACAUAUUUUACAAAUCAAACCUGUUAACUAUAAUGACAGUGGGACUUAUAUGUGUGUCGAUCAAACAACCGGUUUCUACGAUAAAAUAGAACUUAUCGUUCGCGACAGUCGAAGUUGUGCGGGCAGUAUUAUUCGUUUACAAACGACAAUGCUUGUCUGUCUCGUCUUACUUUCAUUAUAUUUAUCUCGACGAACUGCAAGUGAGAGUCAAGUGACAUGA